UUUUUUUUUAUUUUCAAUUCUAUUAUGUUCUUCUCUUUUCCUCUUUUUGUCUAAUUCCUCUUUAUAACAUUCUCCUUAUAUCUUUCUCAACCGCAACCUUCUAUCCCUUAUCCAGUCUGAAAUACUUGAAAAAAAAAGAAGUUACUUGACUAAAUCUUCCAUAUUUAUUCUUAUUUUAUGACUUGAUAGACUUUAAGGAAUACAAACUGGGAAACAAGACAUUAUUUUAUUCAUCAUGGCGAACGAUCAAGUAGCUCAGACCAAUAUUGCAAACGCAGCCGUUAACCCAAAAUCAGUACUUGUUGAGAAUGCAGCCAAUGCAAUGAAUGCUCCUUCUUCACAACAACAAUCAACAGAAUCACAUAUUUAUGCUCAAGUAUCUAAUAGUCCUCCAAUGGCAGUAUUACCUUUGAAUCCAAGUGCCAAAUUGGACCAAGAACCGAAUCCUUUUGAACAAAGUUUUUCAAGCGCAUCUAAAACUUCUCCAACAGUUGGAAAAUCCAAGUUACGUACAUCUAUUACUUCCACCACUUCAAGUAAUGGUAGUCCUUCUUCUCAUACUACUGAACCUUUGAAAUUACCUCCUGUGGCUGCCAUGACAAGUCCAUCUGCAUCAACCGUCAUGAGUAGUGUUCCAAAAGAUAUCGCUAGUCAAUAUGCUUGGGAUUCUCUUCGGGCUGGUCCUCUAUCACCAUCCAUGUUACAACGUCCUACUAAUCCUGAUGAUUAUGCAUAUUCAAACAUCAAUCCUGCCUCCUCUAUGUUAUCCUAUCCCUCAGAUAUAGUCCCAAAUAAUACAUAUCAAGUGAAAAAUGAACCAUACUACCCAAGAACACAAUCCAAAUACCAAGGCAAACAACAUGAAUCUACUCACAAUAAACCUUCCAAAAAGUUAGUCACGAACAAUAAGAGAAACGCAACAAGUUCAACAACAAGUCCCAAUACAUCCAUGUCUCCACCAAACACAACAUCCACCAACCAACGAAGGAAAUCGCAAAUGGAUGAUGAUAAUGGUCAACAUGAGGAUAAUAAUGACGGUGGAAAAGAAAAAACGAUCAAGAAACCUCGAACGGAAGAAGAAGAUGAAAAACGUAAAAACUUUUUGGAACGGAAUCGAUUAGCUGCUCUGAAAUGCCGACAACGCAAGAAACAAUGGUUAAAUAAUUUACAAGCAAAAGUGGAAUAUUUGACCAAUGACAAUGAACAAUUACAACUCCAAACAAGUGCUCUAAGGGAAGAAAUCAUGAAUCUCAAGACUCUAUUAUUAGCUCAUAAGGAUUGUCCUGUAUCUCAAGCCAAUGGAUUUCCAGCAAAUUUGAACCCCAAGACCAUCGGAGCACCUCCACAGCAACCAUCAAUAUUACAUGGCGGUAGCAAUAAUCCUACUGCAGCAUCUGCUGUACCAACAACAUCAACAACCGUUUCAAUGGCACCUAUGUAUACUUCACAACCCUACAAUACAUCUCCAGUUAAUCAUCAUCAUCACCCUCAGCACCCACAAUCACAGCAACAACAACAACAACAACAACAACAGCAGCAGCAGCAGCAGCAGCAGCAGCAACAGCAACAGCAGCAACAGCAACAGCAACAGCAACAGCAACAACAUCGGCUUUCUUCAGCUUCUACUAGUUCACAAUCAUCCGGAGCACUCAAUAUGGUGAUGGUUUCACAGCAUCAAGUCGCGGCUCCACAACCGUCUAUUGUAACGUCAUCUUCAGGCGUUAUGCAAUUCUAAAAUCAACAAACCAUCAUCAACAAUAUCACCCAACAACAAAACUGUCUUCUUAGUCUUCCCGUUUGCAUGUUUAUAUUCCACAUCUUUUUUUUUCCAUUUAUUUCCCUUCCCCGUCUACACUAUUUGGUUUAGUUUGCUAGUGAUAGUUGAUUAUCCAUUUAUUAUAUAAUAUUCAGUUUGUGAUCCUUUUUUUUUUUUCUCAAACUAUCUUUCUUUUUUUUUUUUU